AAGUUCAUGCUUUAUUAUCUCACAUUCCUUAUACAUUUAGUAGGAGUAAGUUUGAUUUCAUCAACACACCGAAUAUUAAUAUUUAGUCACCUAACAAAGCCCAAUUAUCACACAAAAGGAAUGAGAGACUCAACUAUUCAAAACCUGCAACUCACCCUCUUUGUAAUGGCUUUUUUUUGUUAAAUAUUAUUUCCUCAACCUUCACCAAAAACAUAAUUUUCACUAAAGAAAAAACCACUCCAAACUAAACUUGUAUAUAAAUGAAGAACUAGGCUUAAUCCCCAAAACAAGGAAAAUCCCAUAUUCCCUUUCUCAUUUCUCCAAAUAUAUUUUCGCGUGCAUUAGAAAAAGAGAAGUCAAAGCAACACACCAAUAAGAAAGAAAAAAAAAAUUAAGAGAAAAAAAAAACAACACAUAUGGAGAGAGCCAAAACUAGUACGCUAAGGUUCCUCCUCAUCUUCAUCCUCAUUGUUGUACUGAAAAUUGAGGGAAAGCUAUCAGGACCCCAGACGGGGAUCACUCCCCGUCCAGUAUGUGCAUCGCAGUUUGCUUUAGCAAACUACGCAUGCUCCAUGAUACCCUAUAGUCCACUCCCACCACCAGCCCCAUCUACGCCGUCCUUGGAUGCAAAUCACCACCAUGGUAGGCACAGAAGGGGCGGUCGUGGUGGGCACAGACACAGGCACAGGCACCAUGGCACGCAAGAAGAGGACGAUUGCUGCAGAUGGUUGUACGAAAUAGACACUGAUUGUGUGUGUGACAUGUUGGUUCACUUGCCAAACUUCUUGUCAAGGCCAGUUCAUGAGUACACCCUCGUAGUUGGAGAUACCUGCAAUGUCACCUACACCUGCGGAGGAAGGGUCAUAAGAAAAUAAUUAAGAUCAUAAUGAUUUGAGUUUGGUUUGGUUUAAUUAUUAGUCAAGUUAUUAUUAUUAUUAUUGUUGUUAUUAUUAUUAAGUGUGUGCUACUUUUAUUGUUUUUUUUAUAAUGUUUCGUAUGUUAUUUGUGUUUUCUCUAGUGGUUUUGUAUGUUGUGGGGGGUACGUACACGUUUGAUCAUCAUCAAUACGUCUAUGGAUAAUUAUGCUAAUUAAUUUAGCAUAAUGUUGAAAUAUCUCUCUUGCUUCAAUUAUUGUAAUACAUGUCUUCUUACUAGUUAUGUGGUAUUAUCUUUCUUAUGAUCAUUCUAAUAAUUUUGAGCCUUCGAAAUAUACGCUAAUUAUCUUUAA